AUGAUUCUACCACGAUCUAGCCUGCGGCCUUAUACAGAAGGUGCCCGGUUCAAGGAACAUCUGCAGCGCCGAGCUUUCUAUGCCAACUGCCUCGUGCUCAAGUAUGACACUGUCAUAUAUUUCUCAACUUUACUUCGCAGACGAUCUCAUGGAUAUGCACUCUACUUUGGUGACAUCGCUCACGGUUCCAGUAUGUGCCGCAAUGUCCGAUGGUUCGUCACGUAA